AUGGCCGCCGUCAUCGAAUUCGUGGCCGUUCCUCGCGUUCAUGGACUUCAGAGGUCGUCUUCUUCCGUGACGGCGGUGGCCUUGUUGUCGUCCGCUUCAAGCUGCCCGAGGCGGCGGUCGUUUCCGGAAUGCCGGGGUUUGAAGGUCUCAAGGUUCCCCAUAACGCCUACGCCAGCCAUGGCCAGUGUGCCUGGCCGGAGAGUCGUGCGCCGAGGCGCUGUCUUCUGUGAAGCAAAAGAUACGAGCAUUGAAGGUAUGGUGUUCCGCUUCCUAAGUUGCCUUUUUUUUGGGAUUUCAAGGUCGAGAUGCAAGAAAUACACGCACAUGGAAUUUUGUUUGUUGGUGGAUUCAGCACUGAUCGUUUAAACGAUAUUAUUUUAAAAUAAUAUUCACUUAUGAUUAUCAACUGUAUGUUCUGUAUCUUCGUUUCAGGUGGACACAUUUUUUCUAUCCUUACGAAAUGCCGGCGCAUUAAUCAGUUUUCGAUUCCUUGGUUAAAUUUGAUGGAACUAAUCAUUAUUUUGGCAAUUGAGUAGCACUGGGUGAUGGUUUCUGAGCCAUUCAGGGUAUACAUAUUUAAAAUUAUGUAAUAUUCAUGCUUAAAUUACGAAUGGCAUCAUCUCCAGAAUUGGAAUCUCCUUCUCUCGUCUUCACGAAUUGGUUGUCAACAUUCACAUUUAAUUUUUUAUGCUUAAUCGGUGCAAAAACGGGCUUUACUUUGGUAAUAUUGUUGAUUAUUGCUUUUUCCCGUGCCUUGGUGCAUCACUGUGCUUUUAAUUCCCCCACUCACCCAUCUACCCAGCUCAGAUGGAAGUCCGCUUAGGUUUGCCUGUUAUGGUCCACAUUUCCCUGGUUGCAUUGCACUGUUCAAACUACAUAAGUCAUGAGAGUUUUCAUGAUGCCAAAAUGGAGGAUGAAACCGGUUGAGUUAUGAAUUCCCGGGGGGCAGUUAUUGCAUAACAGAGGGAGAUUAGCAGGAAAAAAUAUUGGGUAAUUCGUAUGAUUCAACUAAACUAUUUAUUUUAUGCUCACUGGCAAAAAUCUGCCCUGCUUAGAUUUACAUGCAUCAUGUUAACUGUAUCUUAACCAGAUUCCGGCAGUCGGGUGAAAUGCCAUGGUGCAAUCAGCACUUUUGACCUUUCGUAUCUUAAUGGUUAUCAAGCCCUAUGAUCUUUGUUUCUCAUGGUAAAGCUCUUAUGCUUAUUUUAAAUUGUAAAGUAGUUUUUGUAAGGGCGGGACCAGUUUUUUUAGUUUGAUUGGUUAUCAUCAUAAUGUAGGAUUAAGCUAUACUUUACUGGUAUCCACUCUGAUUAAUCCUUAGGAUGUAAUUUGACCUAGGGUGAGAUGACUACUGCUUGCAUAAGGUCUGAAGUGUCAAAGCAAUAAUGUGCUUAUCCUUAAAAAAAUAAUAAUAAUAAGGUUCAACUUUCUGCUUUUACCUAUAGCUGUUUGGCCGCUGGGGCUGGGCAGGUAGGUACAGCCUCAAUACUGCAGCUUUCAUUGGAGAUUUGUCAGUCCACAUGAUUAGCUGAAGGUCUGGUUCAGCCAAUUCAGCGUCAGUACCUGCCUCAUUUUGCCGACGCUCUAAUCUGAGAUGUCUGCCGUGUUUCUCAUUAAUUUAUUUCUGUCAAGAUGCCAUAAAAAAUGCAGCAAGUUCGAGUUUUGGCCGGCCGUAACCAAAGUUUUCAAAUUGAUUAUUUAGGUAGUCAUAGCCGAAAGAUGCUGGACAUCCUGAUUGCUGCUCAUUCAUCUUCAGUGCCAUGUUAAUAAGCUUGACAUAAUUUAAUUAUAACGCGACCUCGUCCCAAAGAAAAGCAUAUUGGAAAACAUCAUAUUUGGAUUAUCAAAUAUACAUCGGGUCACAUAUUAUUAGAUCAUAUGCGGUUUACGAACCUUGUCUAAUCAUCUGCUGUUGUAUUUGCCUUGACGACAUCCAAGUAUUGCCAGUGCCAGAACAGUAAUUCGUUUUGUGUUAGUGAGCUCAGUCGGCCCAAUCGGUCGCGCAUGUGAAUUGUUCACGAACACCACUAUAUCGGAUUAGCGUGAGCAAUAAUUCCUAUCUAGAUGAUGCAGCCAUCGAUUGGGCCUCUCUCUCUAUUUUAGACGAUAACUAGGUUCCGUCAUUUCCCAAUUCGAUUGUCUCAAGUGCGGGCUUCUUCUCUCUGCCGCAGUUCCCGUGGUGACGCAAACCUCGUGGGAGUCGCUGGUGCUGGGGAGCGGCAACAAGCUGGUUGUGGUGGCCUUCUGGGCGCCGUGGUGCGGGCCUUGCCGGAUGAUCCACCCCAUUAUCGCCGGCAUAUCGGAGACGUACGCGAGGAAGCUCGAUUGCUACGAGCUCAACACAGACGAGAGCCCCGACAUCGCCACCCGCUACGGCAUCCGCAGCAUCCCCACGGUCCUCUUCUUCAAGAACGGCGAGAAGAAGGACGCCAUCAUCGGGGCCGUGCCCAAGGAGACGCUCCUCGCGAGCAUCGAGAAACUCUUGUAA